UCUUCUCUCCUUCACCUGCAUCCGACACUUUGCUGUUCUCGCCGCUCUCGUUGGUCGACCGGCUAUCCCCCGUGGCUUCUUGACAGCAAACCUAUCUGGCGGAGACUAAAAGCUUGACCUGCAGCUCUCUUUUGCCCGGCAGCCCCAGACUUUGCCCCAGCACGAGGCCAAUUCUUCAAUCAGCACGAACGAGGACCCGCUAUCACUCAGACCUUCUCUCUUGCUAGACCUUCCGGGUCCAGCAUAGUUGAACCCAAAAUCCCCAAAACCUCUCCGCUCGUCCUGCCGGAGGUGGCGUGCGUCUCGUUUUCGUCGAGUCUCGUAAACUUCAAGACACCCCUGCCCUGCCCGUUGACUGCAGCACACGAGGCUUGCAUAUCGACCACGCUUUGUUUGACACCUGCCCCUCUCUCGUGUCUUCUGGAUAUACCUUAUAUCUACCUACAUCUUCCGCACUCAUGGCUCCCACCGGUUACACCGACGGUGAUGGCCACCUAGAGGCUGGACUACUCAAGAGCACCCAAGGAGAGAAGCAGACCGGAUACCAGGACUAUUCGCCACCUGCGUUGAAGACCAAGACCAGGAGCAACAAGAUGAUUUACUUUAGGCGGGCGCUGCUCGUCAUCGUCAUGGGCUUCGUCCUCGGCUUGGGCGUUGCCACUGCCCGGCCGAGCUUGAUGAACUGCCAGAGACACAGCGACAACUCCAAGAUGGACUUGGCCAAGGCUCACAGCUCCAAUGGGGAGCUCGCCGAGGCACUUCAGAAGGCCUCUCCUGAUCUGCUUCACCGGCUGCUCCAUGCCUAUCUCCCUGAGAGAUAUCAGCAUGGAGUGUUUGCCACUGAUAAGGAUGCCAUCGAUGCCAUUAGCGAGAGGGAUCCUUCUGUGGCCUCGGCCAUCGUUCAGAUUGCCAAGAGACAGGACAAUGGACCGAGCAACAGCAACUCUACUACGGCUGCUCCGACCAGCACGGCUCCCUCGAGCACAGCUGUGCAGUCAUCAACGGACGUACAAUCUUCAACUGCUAGCAGCGCUGAAUCGACCACUGCUUCUGAAACUAGUUCAAGCGACUCGUCUAGCUCUACUGCUGAGUCCACUACCGCAGAUUCGUCUUCGUCCUCUGCUCCUGCGUCCACCACCGCAGAAUCAACCACUGCUUCGGAACAAUCCACCACCGCAGCACCCUCCAGCACCCCAAGCUCGGCCCCUGCUUCGACUACUUCUUCUGCUUCUUCAACCUCUGGUACGUCCACCACGGAAGAAGAGACCACUACGGCUGCUUCCUCCUCUCCCACUACUGCUCCGGCGUCCACCACCUCUUCUGGUAGGUUGUCGUUAGGCAUUACUUCGUCCGUUGCCUCGUCUGAGGCAACAACUACCUUUGAUUCUUCAUCCCCUUCCUCUUCAUCCUCUUCCUUUCCUACCUCGACCUCACCGAACUCGGCGACGGCGGCAGAAACCACUACUGAAGAAUCCGUAACCCAAGGCCCAUCCUCGACUGAGGCCAGCGAAACUCCGCAAUCAACCAUCACAUCGGGCUCCAAGACCACGUCUGCUCCCGUUGCCCACACCUUCACCAGGACACUUCCCGAUGGAGGCACCACUACCCUCACUUCCACUUCCUGGGUGGCCGUCUUGCCCACCAGCCAUGCCGACGGCUCAAAGAACCCUGACCUUCAGAAUGCCGCGUCUCACCCUCGUGGCGAGAUGAUGAUGCCCGCUGCCAUUGGUCUUUUGGUCGGAGCUGUUCUGUUGGCAUAAGCCACAAAGAACAAGACGCAUUCCUUGGUUUUCACUCCCUUUUGCUUUCCCGUUUUCACUCUCUUAUCAAACUGCAUCAGCAUAUCCAUGCUACUGGAAUUGGCACCGGCGUAUUAUUCAUUCCUUGUAAUCACGACAUUCACGGCUACUUCCUAACCACUCCUUCUUCUCUAAUACAUAGCGCAACUCGGCGGGAUACAUAGAUUGGGCAACAGCAUAUUUUUGUUUUCUUGUUUUGAUUUCUUUUUGGCACACUCGAACUUGAUAGACUGGGACGGGGACCCUCUGCGCAACUGCAAAGCAUACAUCAUUUUUGGCACUAAAAAGGGGAUUUGAAUUGUAUUUUCAGCAUAUAUAGCACAGCAAGCACGCAAAAGAAGCAGCCGCACAUUCAAGGCAAAUCAGGUCAAAGUUCCUCUGG